UUACUUCCACUGCUUUUUUUUUUUAGAAUUAAUUAAUUAAUUAAUAACAGGAUUGCUGACAGAAUUCAUCUCCUUUCCCUUUUCUUUUCUUAAUUUUUAUUUUUUUUCACGAUGUCUUAUUUUUUAUUUAAUUAGCUGAUCUAAUUUCUGUCUAACCCUCCUCCUCUUUUCCCAUUUCUACAUACAAAGCUCUAAUCUUUCUCUUGAUCCUUUUGUUUCCCGAGAAAAAAACCAAGUCUUGAUUCAUUUUGAGGGUGGGGGUGUGAUGGGUCGUCUCAUGUGGAAAGCUUGUGUCCUUUUUUUGUUUGACUGAUUUCUUAUGUUUUGAUGGCAGAUAGUGAAAGAAACAUACUUUUUGUGGGUGCUGUGGCUUCAAAUCAGUUUAAGAUGUCCUAACUAGUUCUUCCAGAGGGUGCAUGUAUCGGCGACUCUGUAACAUUAGAUGACUUGCAGGAGUUUGUGCUAAGAAGAAUUGUGUCACUGGAUUUAUCUCGACAAGUUUCAGGAGUUUACAAUAAGAAGAAUUGUGUGUCCCUGAUUUUUCUCGACAAGUUUCUUCAUUAUUGUUUGGGAAAAUGGUGGAGGGUAAAAAAUUUACUGGACUAAUGGCACCAAGUAACAACAACGGUAACGACUAUUAUGGUUUCACACAAGGUUUUUACCAAGAAAUUGGUGAUGGUACAAACAUGUCCAUCGACAGUUUACAAACAAGCCAUGCUGGUGGGUCUGUCUCGAUGUCAGUGGACAACAGUAGUGUUGGAUCCAAUGAUUCUUUAACGCACAUGUUAAGCCAUCCUGGUUUGAAACCUGUCAACCACCGUAACUACAAUGUCUCAGUGGGCGCGAGUGUGUUUCGUCCAGGGAAAGUUACCCAUGCCCUAAAUGACGAUGCAUUAGCGCAAGCAUUGAUGGAUAAUCGGUAUCCAACCGAAGGACUCCAGCAUUAUGAUGACUGGACAAUCGAUUUGAGAAAACUCAAUAUGGGUACAGCUUUUGCUCAAGGUGCUUUUGGAAAGUUAUACAGAGGGACAUAUAAUGGGGAGGAUGUUGCGAUUAAGAUAUUAGAGAGGCCUGAGAAUAUCCUAGAAAAGUCACAAGUGAUGGAACAGCAGUUCCAGCAGGAAGUUAUGAUGCUUGCAAAUUUAAAGCACCCGAACAUUGUGCGGUUUAUUGGUGCAUGCCAGAAGCCAAUGGUUUGGUGUAUCGUCACAGAAUAUGCAAAAGGUGGGUCAGUUCGGCAGUUUUUGACUAGGAGGCACAAUCGUGCAGUGCCAUUGAAAUUAGCAGUCCAGCAGGCUUUGGAUGUUGCGAGAGGAAUGGCAUAUGUUCAUGGACUUGGGUUUAUACACCGGGAUUUGAAGUCAGAUAACCUCUUAAUUGCAGCAGAUAAAUCCAUAAAAAUUGCUGAUUUUGGUGUUGCACGGAUUGAGGUGCAGACUGAAGGGAUGACACCGGAAACUGGGACGUACCGCUGGAUGGCUCCAGAGAUGAUUCAGCAUAGGCCUUAUACACAAAAGGUGGAUGUGUAUAGCUUUGGAAUCGUUCUCUGGGAGCUCAUAACAGGUUCGCUUCCCUUCCAGAACAUGACAGCUGUGCAGGCUGCAUUUGCUGUGGUGAACAAGGGGGUAAGGCCAAUUAUCCCAUAUGAAUGUCUGCCUGUGCUGAGUGACAUAAUGACCCGCUGCUGGGACGCCAACCCUGAAGUGCGUCCUCCCUUCACCGAGAUUGUUAGGAUGCUUGAGAAUGCUCAAACUGAGAUCAUGACUAAUGUGCGCAAGGCUCGCUUCAGGUGUUGCAUGGCUCAACCCAUGACAGUUGAAUGAUCCAGAAUAGAAGACCGGAAAAGAAAGGAAAAAAAAAAAACCAGAUGUUAAUGAGGAUACAGAUGAAAAUUGUAUUAUUAAACUGACACUUGGUAUGAACUGAACUUGUAUGUUUAUGUAUCAGUGUUCUUUUUCUUUA